GGUAUUCCGAACAGUAAUCGUACACACGACGUAAUGUGAUAAGAUUAACAUAAUGUAUCUAACUAUAUAAGUGAAAAUUAUCGCCAACGUUUCAUCUUUCAACACGCUUCUGAUAGUAAGAAAUUUUAGAUUUGUAUUAUAGAAGAACCAUGUACACAGAAAGUUUCAUCGUACUUGUUAGUAUAGGACUGAUACAGGCAAAUGUGUGCUGUUUUCCUAAACAGUAUGAAGCAAACCAGGGCUUGAUGAAGGCAACCGUUAAAAAUGGUCAACUUUCAAUUCUGUAUGGCAAUCUUCACUAUUGGUUUGAUGGCAUAAGCAAGAAAGAAUUGUUUAUAGAAGAUCUUACAGUAGACGGUUACAAUACAAGAGUUACCGUCCUUAAGGAUUAUAACGUUACGAAUACAAAAUAUGUGAUAUCUGGCGAUCGAUGCAGUCAAAAAGCUUUGACUCCAUUUAAAGAAGGCUGCAUACCAGAUUGGGCGACUAAACUUGUUUCCUCGAAUUACGGCUCUCAAAAUUCCGGCAUGAAUUUCAACGUAUACAACAACAGUGCGGGCUCUGUAACGUCAUUCCUUAUUUCUACCCAGGACUGUUUUCCCAUACUUGACGUAUCCGCCAUUCCGCACGGAGCGAGCCCCUACAUGCAAGUUGUUAUGCCCUACAACUUUACAGUUGGUAUAAGUGACAGCUCAGUGUUUGACAUACCAGCUAUCUGUAAGCAAAGCUCACUGGUAGGGAAAUAAUACCUCGACGUUCAACGUGCAAAUAGUUCUUAUUGACAGAUUAUCGAAACUUGAUGCAAAAAUGUAAUACAAAGCUUGUUUAAAAUUAUAUGAAAAAAAAACAGUAUAAAAAGAAAAAAGAAACUUUUAGAUAUAAGAUGAAUACUAAAAGACGGUUUGUUGUUUUGCAUACUUAACAUUAAAUGUUACUUAAUUUUUAUAACACCGAUUUCAAUAUAAUUAUAUCAAUUUCAGAUAAUAAAGACGAAAAAAUAAACAA